AUGGAUCCCUUUUCAGCAGAGGGCGAGCUCCUCAACAUCCACAAUGCCUUCCACUCCGGCCAAUACCAAUUCGUGAUCGACUUCGACACCGCCGCCCUCUCCCCCGAGAACCAGCUUCCCGCCCGCGUGCUCAAGCUGCGCGCCCAGAUCGCCCAAGGUCAAGCCGCCGAGGUUCUUUCCGCCGUCUCCAGCGAAGAGGACACCCCCGAUCUCGCCGCCAUUAAGGCAUUGGCCCAGCAGGCCAUGGGCAAGACCGACGCCGCUCUUCAGCUCGCUCGGGAUCUCGCCGAGAACUACCCGGAUAAUGCCACUGUUCAAUUCGUUUGCGCCACGGUGCUGCAGACACAAGACCACAGUGAGGAUGCCCUUGCGCUGCUGGCAAAGCACCAGGGUAGCCUUGAGGCUGUUGCCUUGAUCGUUCAAAUUCACCUCCAGCAGAACCGCACCGACCUCGCUUUGAAAGAGGUCCAGGCUGCCAAGCGCUGGGCCCAGGACUCGCUCCUUGUCAACAUUGCCGAGUCGUGGGUUGGAUUGAGAGUUGGUGGUGAGAAGUACCAAUCCGCCUUCUACGUCUACGAGGAACUCGCCUCCGCCCCUAGCACAUCCGCCCCUCUGUCCAUUGUCGGCCAGGCCGUCGCAGAACUCCACCUGGGCCGCAUACCCGAGGCUGAAGCCGCUCUGACCGCCGCGUUGGAGAAAUACCCCGAGGACGCCGAGUUGAUCGCCAACUCCAUCGUGUUGAACGUGUUGGCAGGCAAGCAGACCGCAGACCUGGAGUCUCGGCUGCAGCAGACCCAACCCUCGCAUGCUCUUCUCGCCGAUAUUCAGGAGAAGAGCGACUUCUUCGACGCAGCGGCGUCCAAGUACGCGCCCAAGGUGUCGUCUUAG